AUGCUUCCAUCAGUUCCAGAUUAUUUCUUCCAUGUAAAAUUUGUUCCAGCAGCCUUUUUAACGCCAGAUUACCCUGGCCCCACAACAAUUGGCGCUGUUCCAGCAAUAGAGAUUCUUGAAGCGCGAGCUCGAGUAGGUGGAGCUGAUAGUAAAAUGUUAUAUGAAUUGCUUUUUGCUUUUUAUUUCAAGAGAAGCAGACUACAUCGUGCUGCAGUGGUAAUGUAUGAGCAUGCAAAUUUAUUGCUUCAAAAACUUCAAGAUCGAGAAACACUAAAACAGAGAUGCUAUGCUUUAAGUGUGACAGUAGAAACAUUACGAGUUUUAGACGAAUCUAGCCAAUAUAUUUUAGCACCUUCUUUUCAGAUUCUGAUUCUUUCGAAUGCUCGUUUGGAAUUAUUGGAUGCUUCAGUUUUUGAUGGUAAUUGUGCAUCAAAUCCUCCUCCAACGCUUCUAACUGAUGUUUAUAAGCAAUUGGUUGAAAAGAAGUUGUAUAACAUAGCUUGGACAUUUAGCAGUACAUUCGAUAUCAGUCCAUACCUUAUAAUUAAAUCGAUAACUGCAGAAUGUAUUAAGUUAACGGCAAACCAGUCCGAAGAUACUCAAUGGGUUUCAACAUGUCGUAAAAUAAUUAUCAAACAUUUAAGUGACAAAAAUGCACACUGGUUAAUUUUGCGAUCCUUUGUCGAAAAAGGUUUAAAUGAAAGGACAUAUGAUGUAAAUAUAUUGAGAUCAGCUGCUGAAGUCUUUUUACAAUAUGACUGGCCCAUACCGAUUUGGUUGUUGACUAUUUAUGAGGAGAAGAGGAUCGACGAUUUUUUGCACUUAUUGAUUUCAUAUGGAAAUUUUGAAAUGGCAAUAAUCCUGUCAAUUAAACUCGUUAAAGCCAUGACUUCUGCCAUAACUUCUGCUCAUUCUCAGACAAUGCUUCCUUAUAAUGCAAUUGAAUGGUUAUUUGAAUUGACUGAGAAAAAUGGUAAUUCAGCUUUGGAUGAGUCCUUAAAAGUUCUGUUCAAAAGUCUGCAAGCAUACUUCAGGCGCUUGGAAACAUUUGCAAGGUAG